UGACCAUACCGUCUCAGCUUGCUCUAGAUCUAUAGCAUCAAUCUCUUUUUGAACGCAACGACAUUGUGGCUCCUUCUUCUUGUCGGCAUUGAUCGUCUGAUUGCAGAAUCAAAAUGACCUCCCGACGGAACCGUCCAAAACUGUCGAAUGCACUGACUCUGCUUCGGCUUUUUGGCAUCGUGGUACUUCUUUCGUUAUCUAUUUUAUAUCCAAUUUACGAUGUUUUGGCAGAUGCUGUACAGCAUUUAAAUCUGGAUGGCCCAGAAUCUCUUGCGGAAGGGAAAAAUCUAUUUCAAGACGGAAAUUAUGAUCAAGCCGCUCUCUACUUUUGGCGUGCUGUAUUACUGCAGGGGGAGAGCCGCGGGAAAUAUUCUGUCGAAGAAGCAUUUCAAGGAUUCCUUAGCUGCUACUCAAUUCGUGGCAGGACUGUGGACGGUUUCUUAUUCAUCGCAAAGGAAGUUAUUGCGCGAAAGCAGAAAGAUAUGGCUUUGGCAUAUAUUGAUCAAGCGUUGGCGUAAGUGCCUGAAUUGUUUGAGGUACUCCUUUGGAGAGUUCAAUUUGUCAUUUUUCAAUUUUUUUCAAGUGUCUGGUUACGAGUUUUCUAACAGCUAAAGAUCUCAUCGUGUACAUGAUGUAUGUGUAGCAUCGAACCCGAAAAUAAGGAGGCGCUUGCUCUUAGAGAGCGGAUCAAGAGUGGAGGAGCUUCUGGUAGUGGACAGAAGGUGAAGACCAAAGAAAGAGAAAAUAAAUUCCAGCCCCAGUGGGGAACGCCUGAAGCAAAUAAUCCCUCAGCAAUGACUGGGAAAACUCCGGAAGAUUUGUAUGAAUAUGGAUCGACUCUGUUUUCUCGCAAAAAUUAUGAACAUUGUGCUGAUGUCUUUGAGCUGUCUUGCAAGCGGUCAGGUUAUAGCCUAGGGCCAAGCUGUAGUAAUGCUGUGUAUUGCCGCAUGAUGAUCAUGGAUUGGGGAUUCAACGGAACUGGUUUUGAAAGUGAUAUGCUUCGACUGAAAGAACUGGCUGAAUACGAAAAAGAAAAGUUUAGAACAGGAGACCUUGAUAACUUCAAGUGGAACCGAGCCAUGUCAACUCAUCCUCAUAUGAUGCUUGGAUAUCCCCUUCCUCCAAUGCUGAAGCGAUACGUAGCAGAAUCAGUUGCCUUCAUGGACGAAAUGAUGGCCCGAAUCUCGGAUGGAGGAACAUCUCUUUCCCCUCUCCCGAAAGACAUGCCCUUCGACCCCGUAUCGCAACGAGAAAAGUAUGUUGCAGAGGCAUCCCAACCCGGUUUCAAACUGAAGGUUGGAUUUGUUGGCAGUGGUUUCAAUUCUAAGGCCGUUCUCUAUUUAUCACAAGAUAUUUUUCGAUUCUACGAUCGAGACAAGAUUGAAAUGCAUAUUUUUUCUCUAGGCCCGCCCGAUAACGAAAAUUUUAUUAAUAUUGGCAUGAAGGGCACAGAUUGGAGGAAGCGAGUUGCCGGUCACGUAGACUAUUUUCAUGACAAUGAAGAAAUCAAAAUGGAUCACGUUGGUUUGGCAAGAUAUAUUCAUGAUCAGGGGAUACAUGUUCUGAUCGAAUGGGAUGGAUAUGCACGGCAGGGUGAAAGGGCACAAGGUUUGAUGGCAUUGAGGCCCAGCCCCUUACAGAUUUUACAUCAAGAGUUUUUGGGCACAAGCGGUGGAAUAUAUGUAGACUACAUUGUCACAGAUAAGAUAACUUCUCCUCCACAUCUGGCAGAUUUGUACACGGAAAAAUUCCUUUAUCUUCCCAAUCAUUUUUUUAGUAAGGGACAUGCCGUGCAGGAAGAGGUCAAGAAACCAACGUACGAUUAUCUACCCGCAACAAAACCAUACAAGAUUGGAACAGGGUCACCUUCUGAAAAUGCAUGCUUGUCACAAUCGGCGAAGAAACCGAAAUUUGUGUUCUGUAAUUUCAACAAGUUCCUAAAAAAUAGUCCAGAAACAGUUCGAAGUUGGAUUCGAAUCUUGCGAGAAGUUCCCGAUUCGAUGCUGUGCCUCCUUGAGAAUCCUCAGUCGGGUAAAAAAUAUUUGCAACGUUUUGUGCACGAGGCAGCAGGCAAUCCGAAGACUUCUAAGGACCCGGACACGAAAGAAUUUGUACCAGAUUUUGAACCAACGGAUGGCGAUUCUCUGAAUAAAAGAAUUCACUUUUUGCCCUGGGAACGAAACCCAUUUGAUCACCAAGCACGAAACCAAGAUUUCUGUAAUGUAAUGUUGGAUUCACACCCUUAUAAUGGUCACACUGUAGCUCAGGAUGCCCUGUAUGGCGGUGUGCCUAUAGUAACGCGCAGUGAUGGUGAUGAUAUGAGUUCAAGAGUGGUACGUACGGAAUCUGCGUCAGCGAGUCCAUGAAUAUGCAUACAAUCGCUGUCGUGCCUUGCAAGUUUUGCUCACAUUGUGCACUGCUUCAUUAAUAUUUGUUUUUAGACAACGUCCGCAAACAUAGUUUUAGGGUUGGAGGAAUUGAACGCAGUAGGCGGAGUCCAUCAUUAUGAGGACAUCGCCAUUGAACUUGGAAACAAUAAAACAAAGUACGACAACAUUCGACGAAGACUUAUCGACACAGCCCUUCAAACCAACCCCAUGCACCCUUAUUGGGAUGCCCCCCGUUAUGUUAAGAAUCUUGAAUCUGGCCUGAUUGCUGCCUGGAAUCGCUUCAUCGCGGGAGAAGAGCCUGCCACUAUCGAGGUCGUUGAAUCCUUCGAAACAUCGAAGGGCACAUAUGACGAAACUUUGAUCAAUAAUCCGUCGGAUCGAAUUGAUCACGAUGAACUUUAGGGAUGGAAACCUUGUUUGAAAUCUCAUGAAACACACAAUUCUAAUUUCUCAUCACUUUACGAGCUAAACUAUUAUAGCUGCCACUUUAUGUCCCAGUUUCGUUUUGCAGUGUCUUAGUAAAGUCACGAUCUUUCG